AUGAAAGCAAAAUAUGACCCAGAGCAGGUCACACAACCCCUCGAGGUUACCAGGCAAGCGGCAUUGGUUGGCGGAGCCUCAGCAAUCCCUGGUACUGUGAUUGGUGCCUUCUACGGUACCGUCCGCACGCAAACUCCGGUUCUUUUCUCCAUCGUCUCAGGGGCCCAAUGGUUCGCUAUUGGCAGCACGUUCUGGGGCAUCCGCACGUCUAUUCUCAACCACGCUGGCCUACUCAACUGGUGGAACAUCACUCGAGGCGCACCUUUCUAUCCCCGCAGUGACCUUAACCCAACUACUUCUGACAAGGUUCGCGCGUCAGCCAUCGCUGGUGGCCUCACCGGGUUCAAUCUUGGACUUCUGUUUCGCGGCCCUCGAAAUGUCAUCCCAGGUACUAUCAUGUUCACCUUGUUCGGCUGGGCGGGCCAACAUGGGUACAACUAUCUCGAUGCUAGAAACUCCAGCGAACUUCGGGAACAGGCUGAGCUGAGAGCGAGAGGUGAAGACAAGCCCAAAGAGAACUUCAUGCACAAGAUUGCAAAGAGCAAGUGGAGCCCCAUGCAAGUCUUGUCUGACGACGACUACGAGAACAUGAUGCAGGAAAAGCUUCUACGGGUCGAAGCCCAGAUUGCAGUAAUUGACGAUAAGAUUGAUGCAUUCAGAAAGCAGGCGUUUGAGUUGGAGGCGCAGCGGAAGAUGAAAGAGAUGCAAGAGCUGGGACAAAACUCCAAGUGA